UCUUUCGCACACGCGCGCAUCACUCUUCCGAAGACCCGACCGGACCACGAGAGCCGCGCUGAUACUCUCCCGGAAUCGCAUUCAGUGACGUUCGCUGACCGUCACCAGACGUCCAGCUCACUUUAGCACUCACCGCCGCCACAAGUCCACCUGUCAAUCACAUUUUCUUUUUCUCUCCCCCGCAACAAUACAAAGGCACACACAAUAUUAAUAUUGAUAUAAUAUAUUGUAUAUUCCAAUCUUCUGCCCGUCGCUCUGUUAUCGUCACCGUUCGGUGUUGCCGAUUUCGUUGAUAAUACCACAUAAUAAUAAUAUAAUAUUCACAUCCAAACCAGCGAUUUCCACAGUCAUGUCCACGACAGUUUCCAACGGCAACGGCACUGACGUGGUGAGCUUGCUAAAAAAGAACAAACCUCCGGCGCUGAAGAAACUUGCGUCAUGGAAAGACGAAAAUGAAUUCGACGGCACGGGCAACACGAAAACGCCCAGAACUUCCACCACGCCAGGUCACGAGAACUGCACGUUUCAUCACGACUUAGAGCUGGACCACAAGCCACCCACCCGGGAAGCCCUUUUGCCGGACAUGACUGACUCAUACAAGAUGCUUUUGAGUGCUUUGGGUGAAAACCCCGAGCGCCAAGGGUUGCUGAAGACUCCGGAGAGGGCUGCCAAGGCAAUGCUGUUCUUCACAAAGGGCUACGAUCAGACGCUAAAGGACGUACUUAACGAUGCGGUAUUUGACGAGGAUCACGAUGAAAUGGUUGUGGUGAAAGACAUUGAAAUGUUUAGUAUGUGUGAACAUCAUUUAGUUCCGUUUUACGGAAAAGUUUCAAUUGGAUAUUUGCCAAAAAACAAAAUUUUAGGCCUCAGCAAACUUGCACGCAUUGUGGAGAUGUUCAGCAGAAGACUUCAAGUUCAAGAGCGACUGACUAAACAGAUUGCUGUGGCUGUCACCCAAGCGAUCCAACCUGCUGGAGUUGCCGUGAUCAUAGAGGGAGUUCACAUGUGCAUGGUCAUGAGAGGCGUUCAAAAGAUAAACAGCAAAACCGUCACGUCUACCAUGUUGGGAGUGUUCAGAGACGACUCAAAGACACGCGAAGAAUUUUUGAACCUAGUCCAGUCAAAAUGAAUUUUUCCAAAACAGCAUUCAACAUUGCAUUCACAAAACUACCCACUACAGUGUUAUUACACGAUAACGAACCUUUUUACCCCAACAAAUUGCUAUUAUCAUUCGUACACAUAUAUAUAUAUAAGUACUUAUYUAUAUACAUAGGUUUAUAUAUAAUAUAUAGCGUUACACAAAACUUUUUAGCUACCUACUCACUUUUACCUACGUAUACACAAGUAAAAGAAGACCUGGAAUAUGUGUGCGCACUUUUGAAAACACACACGAUAUUAUAUAUAUAUUAUAUCUUAUAUCUAUACAUAAAAGGAUCAGCAUUGACAUUUUCAUUUUUUUUUUAAUCAGAUUAUCGUAAUAAUGAAAAUCUAUGAAACUUGUUAAUGUUGUUUCCAUAGAUUAUAUCUAGAUAUGAAUGUUUAGUAAUCUUUUUUAACGUUACCAGUAACUCAAUCGAUGACUAAUAUUUUAAUCCUUUUUUUGUUUUUACUAUAAACUUAUCAUUAUCUAUAUGUGACCAAAUAAUACAUAAUAUUUUUUAAUUAUUCGCAGUAUUUAAUUAACGAKAUUAUUCAGAAAAUAAAUUAUCAACUAAUGUCUAGACUUGUUUAUAUUAACAUACCAUUAUAUUGUUGUAGAUAAGUCCAACCAAGUGUUAAUCGAAAACUAUCAUAAUCAUUAAUAUCUAUUUUAAUUAUUAGUCAACUGUUAACCAUAAUAAUCCGUGGUUCUUCUCCCCGCUUCUUUUUCCCUCAGAGACGAGUUAAACGUGUUAAUGUUUGUUAUUAAAAAUAAAAAUCUAUAUGAUAUUAUUGUUUUUAUAUUUUUGUCAAAGUGUUAUUGUCGUAAAAUAGAUUUUAUUGUUCUGGUUUGAUUUAUACUCUAUUAUAACCAAAUUGUAUUGAAAUAAAAUAUAUUCGCUUUGUGCACGGUUUGGUUAUA